CGGCACCGACGCGGACCGCGGAGGCGCCCUCCCUCGCCCUCGCUUCACCUCGCGGGCUCCGAAUGCGGGGAGCUCGGAUGUCCGGUUUCCUGUGAGGCUUUUACCUGACGCGCGCCGCCUUUCCCCGGCACUGGCUGGGAGGGCGCCCUGCAAAGUUGGGAACGCGGAGCCCCGGACCCGCUCCCGCCGCCUCUGGCUCGCCCAGGGGGGUCGCCGGGAGGAGCCCGGGGGAGAGGGACGAGGAGGGGCCCGCGGCCUCGCAGGGGCGCCCGCGCCCCCACCCCUGCCCGCCAGCGGACCGGUCCCUCACCCCCGGUCCUUCCACCAUGCACUUGCUGGGCUUCUUCUCUGUGGCGUGUUCUCUGCUCGCCGCUGCGCUGCUCCCGGGUCCUCGCGAGGCGCCCGCCGCCGCCGCCGCAGCCUUCGAGUCCGGACUCGACUUCUCGGACGCGGAGCCCGACGCCGGCGAGGCCACGGCUUAUGCAAGCAAAGAUUUGGAGGAGCAGUUGCGGUCUGUGUCCAGUGUAGAUGAACUCAUGACUGUACUCUACCCAGAAUAUUGGAAAAUGUACAAAUGUCAGCUAAGGAAAGGAGGCUGGCAACAUAAUAAAGAACAAGCCAACCUCAACUCAAGGACAGAAGAGACUAUAAAAUUCGCUGCAGCACAUUAUAAUGCAGAGAUCUUGAAAAGUAUUGAUAAUGAGUGGAGAAAGACUCAAUGCAUGCCACGGGAGGUGUGUAUAGAUGUGGGGAAGGAGUUUGGAGCUGCAACAAACACCUUCUUUAAACCUCCAUGUGUGUCCGUCUACAGAUGUGGGGGCUGCUGCAACAGUGAGGGGCUACAGUGCAUGAACACCAGCACAGGCUACCUCAGCAAGACGUUAUUUGAAAUUACAGUGCCACUCUCUCAAGGCCCCAAGCCAGUAACAGUCAGUUUUGCCAAUCACACUUCCUGCCGAUGCAUGUCUAAACUGGAUGUUUACAGACAAGUUCAUUCCAUUAUUAGACGUUCCCUGCCAGCGACACUACCACAGUGUCAGGCAGCAAACAAGACUUGCCCCACCAAUUACAUGUGGAAUAAUCACAUCUGCAGAUGCCUGGCUCAGCAAGAUUUUAUGUUUUCCUCAAAUGCUGGAGAUGACUCAGCAGAUGGAUUCCAUGACAUCUGUGGACCAAACAAAGAGCUGGACGAAGAGACCUGUCAAUGUGUCUGCAAAGGGGGGCUUCGGCCUGCCAGCUGUGGACCCCACAAAGAACUAGACAGAAACUCAUGCCAGUGUGUCUGUAAAAACAAACUCUUCCCCAGCCCAUGCGGGGCCAACCGAGAAUUUGAUGAAAACACAUGCCAGUGUGUAUGUAAAAGAACCUGCCCCAGAAGUCAACCCCUAAAUCCUGGAAAAUGUGCCUGUGAAUGUACAGAAAGUCCACAGAAAUGCUUGUUAAAAGGAAAGAAGUUCCAACACCAAACAUGCAGCUGUUACAGACGGCCAUGUACAAACCGCCAGAAGCCUUGUGAGCCAGGAUUUUCAUUUAGUGAAGAAGUGUGCCGUUGUGUCCCUUCAUAUUGGAAAAGACCACAUAUGAACUAAGACUGUACUGUUUUCCAGUUCAUCGAUUUUCUAUUACAGAAAACUGUGUUGCCACAGUAGAACUGUCUAUGAACAGAGAGACCUUUGUGGGUCCAUGCUAACAAAGACAAAAGUCUGUGUUUCCUGAACCAUGUGGAUAACUUUACAGAAAUGGACUGGAGCUCAUCUGCAAAAGGCCUCUUGUAAAGACUGGUUUUCUGUCAAGACCAAACAGCCAAGAUUUUUCUCUUGUGAUUUUUUUUUAAAGAAUACUAUAUAAUUUAUUUCCACUAAAAGUAUUGUUUCAGCAUUCAUUUUUAUAGCAACAAUAAUUGGUAACUCACUGUGAUCAAUAUUUUUAUAUCAUGCAAAAUAUGUUUAAAAUAAAAUGAAAAUUGUGUUAUAA